AUGGCAAAAGACAAGAAACGUAAACGAGAUGCUGGUGAUGUAAAGCCUGGAGGUCAGUCCCAACAAGUCGACACGUCAAAACCUACAGCUGUCUUCCAGCCUUCUGGGGGACGUGCUCACACCCUCAGUGUCGCUCUCCCAGGAAGCAUCAUUGCCAAUGCAAAGUCUCACGAUCAGAAAACCUAUCUUGCCGGCCAGAUCGCAAGAGCACUGGCAGUAUUCUGUGUCGAUGAAGUUGUCGUCUUCGAUGAUGAAGACAAGCAAACCCAGCAUACACGUCACGCUAUAGGUGAGAAUGAUUACACUGCCUUUUCUCACCCUUGCCACUUUCUGGCCCAUCUACUCUCUUACCUUGAGACUCCUCCUCACCUCCGCAAAACUUUGUUUCCCAUGCAUCCAAAUCUUCGUACUGCUGGCACUUUACCCAGUCUUGAUAUGCCCCACCACUUGCGCGCAAACGAGUGGUGCGAAUAUAGGGAAGGGGUGGUCUUGAAAUCCGACGCCAGUGGUUCAUCGAUCGAUGUUGGGCUCGCUGAGCCCCGAGUUGUGGAAGGAGCAGAGAUUCCACAAGGCACUCGUGUUACACUCCGCCUCGGUGAGCCUUCCUCGACCACAGCAGAGGCUGUUGCGCCGAGCACACCACGAGAGGAAACGGGAUAUUAUUGGGGGUUUAACGUACGCUCAUGCAAAAGCCUGUCCACGGUGUUCACAGAGUGUCCAUUCGAUGGUGGGUACAAUGUAUCAUUUGGUACCUCAGAAAGAGGUGAGGCUCUGCCAACUGUUCUCACCCAACCAGCUCUUGCCCAGCCCGAAGUUCAGAAGUACAGGCACGUCCUUGUCGCAUUCGGAGGUGUUGCAGGUCUCGAGACAGCUGGCAAGAAUGAUCUCGACUUGGGCCUGAUGGGCAUAUCUGGAGCCAACGUUCAGGAAUUGUUCGAUCACUGGGUAAACGUGCUCCCCAAUCAGGGUAGUCGAACCAUCAGAACUGAAGAAGCCAUCUGGCUGGGGCUCAUGGGACUACGGGGCUUUGUGGAACAAAUUGGCCGGUAA